AUGUUCAACAAGUUCAACAAGGAAGCCUCGGAUGGACCGACCUUGGUGCCGGCCUCGACAACCUUGACGUCGGAGACAAUCUCAAUGGUACCUCUGGCAAUCUUGGUUGGGACACCCAAAGCCUGGAAGAAAGAGGUCUUACCUGGCUCCAUACCGGUGUUACCGGCUGGCACCCAGACGUCCUUUGGAGCAACGGCACCAGCUCUGGCUGGGGCAGCAACAACGUUGGAAGUGACAACUUCUCUGAUGGACUUCAAGUCCUUGUUGGUGAAGAUGAAACCAACGUUACCUCUGACGAAAGGCAACAACUUCUCGUACUCUGGCAACUCAGUCAAGAAACCUCUGAUGGCUCUUCUGACCAUGGUGUUCUUACCCAUCAACACGGUAGCGUCACCUCUCAAGGCCUUUCUGAUUUCGUGCAUUUGUUGA